CAAAGUAGGAUUUGGGACUCUGAAUUUUAGCCUUCUAAAAGCAAAGUGACUAGGCUGAGCCAUCUUUACUUUUUCUAGGGUUGACAGAGACAAAAUGUCAUCUCCAGUAGAUGCUAUAUUGCACUUAAGUGGGACAGAACGAAACAUGCUCUGAUGUGUCAAGCUGUCGGGAGCCCAGAUUGCUGGCUUAAAUGCACUGAACUUCUCAGUGUCUGAAGUUAUCUAAGAUGGAUCCUACCAGAAGAGUUUGCAGUCUAAAUAUGAACUAGCCUAAGGUGCAAACUGCACUUAGCACGCCAGAUAUGCUUCAAGAAAGUGUAGGCAUCUAUGUAGCAUCGUCAUCAAAAAAUCUUCCUGGAAGAGGUUUAGAAAAGGAUUUGGAAGAGCAAAGGCGGUUGUGUGAUACGUGAGAAGAGGAGAGCAGUUCUGGCACACUGUAACAGAGACGGAAUUAUUGCAUCCACCCCUCCAGCUACCUCCACCCCCAAAAUCUGAAAACUUCCUGAUUUGUGUUCAUCAAUAAUUAAGAGCCCAUCAGCAAUACUCAGAGGGAGCUUGCAUUGCACUUCUGAGCAGCCAGAUAGUAAUGUACGGUGGAGAGAUCCUCUCUUUCAAAUCCCAGGGCUCCAGGCCAUGCAAUGCUAGUAUUGCGUUUUCAAUUAGCUUCUGAGUGAAUGCUUGGCAUAUGCAGAAGUGAACUGGUGCACAAUUAGCUUAUUGUUCCUUUUAGCUUUGUGCUGAGAGGAUCUGAAGGACUGGAGAAGAGAGGGGAGAGGGGAGUGGGGAAAAAAUAGUCAAGCCAGCGGCAUCUCUGUGGAUGUGGAAUAAGGGAGCUGCUCAGCUCACACAGAUCCACUUGCUAAGUCGGGAAUUACAGCUGUUACUGAAGAGCACACAGCGUGGCUUUAGGGAGGGCGCCGGGAGAGCCGCAGAACGAGGCUCUGUUCUGAGGCGUUCCAGGCUCUGCUUUCGCCUGCCUCACCUCAGCAUUGCGAUGGAGCCCAACAGCCCCAAAAAGAUCCAGUUUGCUGUGCCGCUGUUUCAGAGUCAAAUAGAUCCCGAAGCAGCUGAGCAGAUCAGGAAAAGAAGGCCUACGCCAGCAUCACUCGUCAUCAUGAAUGAUCAUGUGCCCCCGGAAAAAGAUGAGAAGAGAACAAACAUCUCACAGGCAGAAUCCCAGAGCGCCUCGCCAAAGCAAAGGAAGCAGAGCGUGUACACCCCGCCUGCCCUCAAAGGGAUAAAGCAUCUGAAGAGUCAGAGUGAUUCAGCAUUUCCAGAAGAGGAAGAGGGAAUCAGUGAAAGAGAAGAGGAAUGGGACCACUAACCCGUACAAGGGUGCCUGGGGGCCGGGUACCAUGAUGACGGAGCUGCGACACCCCGUGUGCGUCCCACAGUUCUCCACCGCUUGUGUUCCCGCAGAGCAGGGUGCGCUGGGGAGCACGCCUUGACUGGGCUUUACAGCCACUUGCAAAUUCGUUUUGUGAGCCUUAUACCUGGAGAUAAAACGGUUGUUUUAAAGUCACUCUUUCAUUUUCUAUGACGUAGAAAUGUCAUUUGCAAACGUGGUAGUGAUCUGAUGGCAGUAUUGCCAGAGCUUAACUUCUGCGUGUGAGCUGUGUUCUAAGACUUGUUGUAAAUAAAACCCAUUUAAAAGCUACAAAAUAAAUAAUACAUUCAUUUAGACAAGACUGUGUGUUGUACAGUGGGUUUGUCUACCCUGCAGAGAAAUGUUCGUAUAGAAUGACCCCUUCAGUUAGACAGCUUUUGCCAGUAACAUCAUAGUUAGCUGCAGUAACAUAGGCAGAAAAAAAAAAAAAAAAAAAAAAAAAAAAAGUGGAGUCGCCUCUCCAGACCAAUGAAGUCUGUCACUAUGACUGCAAUGGCAGUCUGAGUGCCAUGUUGUCACAGCUAUAAUGGCAGCACAGCAAGCUGCAGCAAUGUAGCGUGUGAGCGUGUGUCUGAGGCCCGGUAGUUUGGGUUUGUGGUUCACACCAGCAUUUUCAUCACAGACCAUGCAAACUCUACGGCUCCAACUGAGCUCAAGAGAAAACAUAAAAUGAAGUGGAAAAAGAAAAGCCAUGUUUCUUCAAGGCACACUUGACAGAUCAUUUCCUUUUUAUCAAUAGCUGUUUUUUAAACAAGUUAACUGUGCUUUUGUAUUAACUAAGUUUGCUACAGAGUCUUACCCUUGGUUUAACAUUCCACUGCUUUCAGCCUUUCUUAAAGAGCUGAGAUAGAAAAAAAAAAAAAAAAGAAAAAAGAAAAAACACAGAGCUUUCUGUCUUUGUCUUGCCUGAUGAUUUCACUUGCAAUCUGAGCUCUUCCAUGAAGACAUGCUGAGAACAGGGUCUGUUAACAAGUGUUUCUUUGUAUUUGGGAGCCAUUUUUUUGCCCUCCAUCUAUGCCCCUGUAUCUGUCCUCUUUGUCUCCAUCUUCUGCAGAAACAUUGCAAACAGUUCCUGUGACUGCAGUUCAGUACGGGCUCGCAGGCCGGACUAAAAGGUCUUUCCAGUUGUGCAGGAGUGGCUGCAGGACUGAGGGCUUUUUGUGCCACAAACAAGGAAGGAGGGAAAUGACCCUUCAUAAAACAUUUGAACAGACCAAAGUUAAGACUGGAGCAGUAUCGAGAAGAGCUGAGCUCUUGUCCCAGCCUUGCUGCAGCUUUGCCUUUGCUGAGCACCAGGCUCUUCGUUAAUCUCUGGCUGUACUCCCAGUGGUAAAAUGCCAA